AUGCACUUAGUGUAUGUGUCAUCUUUGGUGGAUCAGUCUUGGGUGGCUUGGCCUGCUUUUGUUCCUGCUAUGCUUUGCUUCUUAUGCGUUCCAGACAACAAUGGGUCUGCUCCUACUGUCUCGUCUUGCUCACUUACCUGGCAUAUUAGGUCAUCUUCUUCCUCAAUUAGAUUCGAUCUCUCUUCAGCCCCCAUUGCUGUCACCCAAGGGUCACGGCGUCUGCUACUUCGUGUCUUGCUCUGUCGCAUCACCAUGGUCACCACACGGAGCCGUCGUACCUCCUCAUCCGACUCCCUCAAAGUCAACAACCAAGUCACUUUACACCGCAGCGAUGCUCACUGUACUUCUGGUGGUUUCUCCAUCGAGCAACAGGCUCUUUUGGAUUCACUCUCUGCCUCCCAUCAGGUGACGCAUGCACUUCUUCGUCGCAUCUGGAAUCGUCUUGACACCUAUAGUGAGCUGUUGCUAUCUGUUGCUGGGCACAUUCAACCUACUGCUCCUCCCCGUUCUCCUCGGGCACGCAGCAUCUAA